AUGAGUGGCGAAUUGUCUACAUACUUCACUGAUGAAACAAUCAAUGAAUUCCAAGAAGGUGGCAUAGAACCUUUGAUGGAAGUAUUGGAAUCGUAUGAAGAAUCCAACCAAGAUAGUGAAGAUGCAGUUGCAUUGUUAUUUACCGAAUUGAUUCUUUCAUUUGAAGACAAUAAAUUGGAAUUAGAGCAUAUUGUCCAGUUUUUACUGCAAUCAAUCACUAAUGAUGAGCUCGCAAGAAUAUUCUGUCAAGUUUUGAAUGCAUUUCCUGCUACUGAAAACCUCCAAAAACUAUUGGUCUUGAUUAGUAGAAAAGAGAACGUGAUUAAACCAGAAACACUUGCUUUACAUAUAGGCUCAGAUUUCCUCAAGGAACUGGAAAUAGUUCCAAAAGCCGUUUACACCAAGGCAUUGAAUAGUAGAAUCAGGGAUGAGUUUUACACCCAAAAGAAGUUCAAUUUGUUACACGAAGAAACUGAAGGAUAUGCCAAAUUUUUUGUGGAAAUAUAUACAAUAUUUAGGAAUGAUGGCACUGAGUUCAAAAUAGAUUAUGCUCUUCAAAUUAUAGAAAAAUUAAUUGGUCAUUACAGUUUGGAUCCAAAUAGAUGCCUUGACUUAUUACUCCAUAUAUUUGAUUCGGUAUUUGUUCCCAAGGUAUCAGAGGCAUUACAGUUGAUAAGAAAAUCACGAUGGUGGCCUUCAGUAGAAAGCGACAACACAUCAAUUCUGACCUUAUCCAAGGGAGGAAAUGAGAAUGGAGCCAAAGUUUUAGGUUUAAGAUUAAUGAAACUACCAGCUGGACACGAAUUACCCGAAGGGUUCAAGAUUUUGAUAACUUGCUUAAUAAAAGAAGGGUUCAUCAGUUUUGGUAGCAUGUAUAAAUACAUGUCUCCUAAUGAAGAAGCAAUGAAUGAGUUAGAAAAGGAUUACCAAAAGAGACUCGAGGAAGAAGUGUCAAAAGCAGGAGCAAAUGCUCUUGCCCUAGCUGCACCAUUAGCUGACGAUGAAGAUGAAGGUCGAGACCAAAACGGUGGAAAGGGAGACCAAAAAUCUACAAAAUCUGAAACUAAACCAAAAAAGUCAAUUGAAGAGAAGUUAGUUACGAAUUAUAAAUUUCAAUUUUUGAAAACAUUCUUAAGUAAUGGUCUUUAUAUGCCAUCUUUAUUCCUCCUCACAAAAUAUCCCUUUUUGGCCCAAAUUGAUCCAGAAAUACCAGUUUUAUUGAAUAGAUUGUUUGAUGCUUUGAUUCAACCUUUGUAUGAGCAAGUUCGUGUCUUUUCCUCCGAAGAUUUACAAGGUUUACAAGAACCCAAACAGAUUGCUUUUGUUAGACCACAUAAUGGCGUUUAUUAUGAAGCAGCUACCACCACAAAUUUACUUACAUUCAAACCAACUUUAAAAAGUUAUUAUCACAAGAAAUUUCACUAUUUCUAUGAAGCAUGGAAUACAAAACUUCCAAUAAUUAAUGAUAUUGAAUCGUUUAUUACCGUUUCUAAGGAAUUUCUUAAGUUUAACGGAGUGAAUCUUGCACAAAACACCCAGGCAUUUAUAAAAGUUUGUGAGAUUGUGCUCUGGGAUUUAAAGAACAACAUUUCUGAUGAAGCACGAAAAGUGGAAUGGUUUCAUUAUUUCAGAAACUUCAUCUUUCCGGCCAUGUGUGUAAUUGAAGAAAACUCAAUUGCAAUUGAUAAAGCCUAUGCUAUAUUGUCGUUGUAUCCUAUAGAAGAUAGGUUCAGUGUAUAUGGUGAGUUAUACCUGGUGUUAGCCAAGAACAACCCAUUGAUUAAAAUGGCGUAUAACAAAGCUGAAAAGUCAACUAAAGACGUUUUAAAGAGGUUGUCCAAGGAAAAUGUCCGUCCAAUGAUGAGAAGAUUAGCUAAAAUCAGUUUUUCCAACCCAUUGCCAUGCUUAUUAACCAUUUUACAACAAAUUGAAAGUUAUGAUAAUUUGAAUACAUUAGUUGUGGAAACUGCAAGAUAUUUCAGUAGUUAUGGUUGGGAUAACUUGACUGUUGCUAUUUUGAUGAGAUUAACUGCCGCCGGCAGAAACACUACCCACGACGAUGGUAUGGUUGAACGUCAAUGGAUCCAAUCAUUAGCAUCAUUCAUUGGUAAAAUCUGUCAGAGAUAUCCAAGAGCCAUUGAUAUAAAAACUAUAUUGUCAUUCUUAUUGAAAUCAUUUCAUUCUGGUGACACAAUCGGGUUGUUGGUUUUGAAAGAAAUGUUUAUAUCUAUGGGUGGUAUUCAGUUGAUUACAAAUUUAACUUUACACCAAAUUGAUAUGAUCAACUGUGGUGAAUCAUUACAGAAGAUUGUCUAUCGUACAAUCGAUGACUUGAGAUAUGAACGUUUUGCAUCAGGAAAACAUCUUGUCAGGUGCUUCUUGGAAUUAGAUGCUAUUAAUGAGCUUUUAGUAUUACUUGUUCACAUUACCAAUGAAGUGAUUUAUGAAAGUGAUAAGAUCCAUUUAAAGGUUUUGGCAAGCAGAAGUGACGAUUUAACCACGGUAAUAAGGUUGUUUAAUACUCUUGUGGGAUUCUUUGGAGACUCUGAAGAAAUAAAAGACAAAUUGUUACCUUUAGAUGAAUUAUACACUAAAUAUGGAGUUCCUAUGGAAUGGGCUUUUGAACUAUGGCGCCCAACCAUAUCAAAGACAUUGUCGAAUGAUGAUGAGACUUUUUCUUCAUCAUUAGAAACAAUCAAGGAUCAAAUUGCUGAUUUAAUUCCUAAAAAUUCUCUUGAAUAUUUGUCUCCCGGAUUAGUGGUUUGUUUCUGGCAAUUAUCGUUGAAGGAUGUGAACUAUUCAAGAUCCCUCUAUGAAACUGAAACUUCGAAGUUAGAAUCUAAUAUCAGGAGCUUGAGAGAGUCAAUUGCUAUGAAUUCUAGAGAUAAAGAUGUCGCCAGAGCUACGAUUGAUAGACAAAGAAAAGAAUUAUAUGAGAAUGAACAAUACAUUAAAGUCCUUCCAUCAGAAAUGAACGCGCAUUAUGAGCACGAUAAGUUAAUCACAGCAAAAUUACAAGCUGAAUGUGCUAGUUGGUUUUUAUCGGAUGAUCCUGGAAAGACGGCAAUUCAAAUUGAACAAUUCCUUCAAUGUUGUGUAUUACCGAGAUGUAUUCACUCAUCCUUUGACGCCGUCUUUGUAGCAAGAUUCAUAUUCAAGUUACAUGAAUUGAAAACGGAAAAUUAUUCUUUGAUUGCAUUAUUGGAUCAACUUACCAAAAAUAAGAUAUUGUUUGGUACUUUGUUCACAUUGACACCAACAGAGGCUGAAAACUUGGGGUUGUUCUUUGCUGACGUUUUAAGAACUUUGCAAGGAUGGACUAAAGAAAAUAGAUUUCAAGAAAAUGAAGAUCUUUUGGAUGCCGCUGGUGACGUUAUUUCAUUUGACGAUUUCAGAGUACUUCUUUAUGGAUAUCAUACUACCAUUUUAGAAGAAAUUGAGGCAUCUUUGGGUGUUACUGAAUAUAUGUCACGUAGAAAUGCCAUUACAUUCUUGAAGAACUUAUUGGGAGUCUAUCCAACAGUUGAGGAUCAUUGUGAAAGAGUUGUACGUAUAAUUGAAAAGAUUUCUUUGACUGAAGAAAGAGAAGAUUUGAAGUUAUCAUCUGGUGCUUUAGUUGGUCAUGUUAAAUCCCGAGCUAAGACAUGGUUAAAGAUUUGGGAAUUCAUUCCAAUGUCGGAAGAAGAAAAGGAGAAAUUGAUUAAGGAAAAACAAGAAGCUCAAAGGAAAGAAAUAGAAAAGAAGUUGGAAGAAAAGAGAAGGUUGCUUGAAUUGAAGAAAGAAGAGGAGAAAUUGGCCAAAGAAGAAGAAUUAAAGAAACGGACCUCAGCAAUUAAUUAUGACUCCCAAAAAUCAUCAUCUAGACCUGAUACAAGGGGUGCUGCAAGUUCGUCAAGAGGCCGUUAUGAUAAUUAUUCUAGGUACGCACCAACACCAAAAGAAAUGAGUGUCGAAGCUGCUGAAAAGGAAUCCGAUGUUGAAUCCAAGGUUAAUAAGAAUGAAAGUGAGGAUAGGAAGAGUUCAGGUGACCAUAAAGAUGCACAACCAGAAAUUUCCAAGAUUGAAAAAGAAGAAGAGAGCAAAGAUUCCCAAUCUACCAAGAAGAAUCCUCAAGAAGAUGAUCUUAUUAUACCCAGGAAAGAUAGCGGAAGAGCUAAAAGCAGGGACUUCCAACGUGGAUCUGCCCCAACAGGACCAUCAAGCCAACAGUCUGAUUCGGUGAACCCACCUGAGAAAUCCCAAGAUGAAACCCGGGCAACUGGUGGAGAUUUGAAAUCAAGGUUAUCCCAAGUUAAACGAGAAUUUCAACAAAGGACAUCCAAGGAGAGCACGAGUGAACAACAAGACAAGUCUCAACCACAGACCGCAUCCACAGUCAAAACUGAAGGAUAUACUGAUCAAGAAGAAUCUCAAACCAAGAAGCGGGCACCAUUGCCUCCACAACAAUCAAUUCGUUUGCAAUCGAGUGCUCCACAACAGGAAUCUCAUACACAUUCGCGUGUUCCAUUGCCUCCUCAAGAUACUUUAAAGACUAGAUCAGCAGCACCAUCUGCACCAGUGAGUCGAUUUAGCGAUUCAAGGGGUGGAAGAGGUACACCUAGACACCAUCAUACCUACAACAACCAACGUCAACCGCAAUCAAACUAUAACAGAGCAUCAGGAUCUUCUUCAACAGGAUCAAAUGCCGCAGCUUCUUCUGCAAGUGGACUAACUGCUGCAACAACCCCACUUCCACCACCACCACCACCACCUCCUCCUCCUCCUCCACCCCCUGUUAGUACCAAACGUAAUGAAACUUACAAUUCUGGUCAAUUCAGGAACGGAAGAGAAUCGUAUGGCAGAAGCGAUAGCUAUAAUAACAGGAACCAUGACGGCAAAGACUCCAGACAAGGAGGUAGAUACGACAAUAAAAGAAAGCAAGAUGGUUAUGGGGGUAGAGGAUACGAUAAGAAAUCUAGAUAUUAA